GAAGUUAAAUGUUGGACAUCUCUUGCUUGACUUACUUAUGGCAACAUCGGUGACAGCUAGAUUACACAUUAUGUUCAAAGCUGUUUUAGUACAGAUAUAUGAUCUUUACAAAAAACUUUUCCCAUGGCUCACAAAACUAAAGAAAGGAAGUUGGGAAUGGCCUUCUUCAUUGGCAUUACCAAACGAUUUGGAAGAAUGGCUAAAGCCUGAGCAUUUUGAUAAUCUCAGUAAAAACUCUGAAGCAUCUGAAAGUCAAAUAAAUGCUUUGGCCAAUUAUUUUGCGAAGAAAAAAGCAAAUGAAAGAGAUAAACCUGAUGUGAUUGAUCUAGAUUCAGAGAAAGAUGUUAAUAUAAUAAACUGUGAUAUCCAACAGUUAGAUGAAGAUAUUGGAGAAGUUGUUAUUCCUGAGAAAACAUCAGUUGAAAAUCAGCACCGUAAAUUCACUAGUUCUCAAAAAAGUAUUUUGAGAAAAAUAUACAAGGCGAAAACAUUGGAAAAACUUCAAACUGUGUGGGACAAUAUUAAUGCAGCAUCAGAAGAUUUAUAUCCUUUUAUGUUAACUCAGAAGAAAAUCAAUAAAAUAAACAAGCUUUUAGAUAGUGUGGGAAACUCUGCAGACAACAAGUAUUGUGCUUCAGGCAAGUCAAAGGUACCCAUCAUGCAGAAUAUUAGAUUUCGAUUUACGAAAUAUUUAGGCCUGGUGAAAAAUCAAGAAGAAUAUUUUCAUUUUGCUGAAGAGUUUUCCCAGAAGAAAAAAGAUGUGAUAAAAUUUAAACCUGUUAAAAAGAUUAAAGAACUGAAGCAAAUUCAUGAGGAAAUGUGCAGACAUAUGAAUGAUGCUUCUGAAUAUGAAAAAUUAGAGAAAUUAAGUAAAUAUUAUGAGGGACAAUAUGCUGCACUUAAAGAACUGAAAAAGAGUGGUGAUUUGGAGCUUACCAAGAAAUUAACUUAUUAUGCGUCAAAAGUGCUUAUUAGAAUGUUUAACGGACAAUAAAUUGUAUGCU